UGCCCCUGUAUCAAGAUUUGGUCCCUUAUACCAGACAGAGGACAUAUGGCAAAAGGGGAUUUGACCUGUCCCUCUCUCUGUGCCCCCAUGGGAACUGGUCCCUGAAGAGGUUUAAGAUGGACCAUCAGGGUGUGACACAGGUGUUGUCCAGUCUCUCCUUCAUCUCGACUCUGGGCAUGAUGACCAGGACCUCCUCCCAGUUUAGAGAAGAUCAGGAAGACCUGUGGUCUGGUGAAGAACCUGGCCCUGAUGACCCACAUCACCACAGACAUGGAGGACGGCCCCAUCGUCAAGCUGGCCUUCAACCUGGGAGUGGUAACAUCCUGGGUGUGAUCUGGGACCCCCAAAGGCUGGUGUACACCUUCAGACCGAUGCACAGGGCCGGCUUCAUCAACGAGUUUGUGUCCAUCUCCACCUUCCUGACCGACUGCUGUGUCUACAUCUCCUUAUGACUCAGCACGGGUUCUGCACCAAAAUGAACCUUUGAGGAGCCUGGUGGAAUACCUGGAUGUGAACGAGGAGAACGACUGUCAGAUCGCCCUCUAUGAGCACAUGAUUAAUAUGUGAGUAAGCCAUGGCUCACAACCAUGUCUACCAUGGCUCUACCAUGGCUCUCUACCAUGGCUCACUACCACGUCUACCAUGGCUCUCUACCAUGGCUCACUACCAUGUCUACCAUGGCUCUCUACCAUGGCUCACUACCAUGUCUACCAUGGCUCUCUGCCAUGACUCUCUGCCAUGGCUCUCUACUGUCUGAAACGUUGGGCCUCUUUUGUCUUGCUGCGUAGUUUUUUCCGUACUCAAUAUUCUCUGCUGAUGGAUAUGAUUCUUAUCAGUCCUAAUGCUCUUGUUUACAAGCAUUUCGAUACACACGGUUAGCAGAUGUUAAUGCGAGUGUAUGUGACCAAUAAAACUUGAAUUGAUUUUGUACUACUAGGAGUCUGUGCUGGCCUGAUCCUCUACCUCCAUCACAACCAGUCCCUCAGGAAUUACAUACCUGUGUGCUAUGGGCAAGCAGGCCAUGGGUGAUACACCUCUCCAGUCCUGUGCUACUGUCUUUAAAGGGUGUCUGUUUUAAGCUGCACCUUUGAAGAUCAGGCAACAGUACUCAUCAAACAUCCUCCACAGGAGCACUGUGUACCGCUGUGAACACACACACACAUUUCUUGUCAGACUGCAUUUUGUGUGUGUGUGUGAUGGUGUGUUUGUGUGUGUGUCAGUGUGUGUACGCGCAUGGACAUCAAACAUGGGGUGCUUGCGUAGGCCCUCCUUUGUGCCCUGUGUGUGUGGAGGCCCUUUCCCUGCCAGUCACCCAGAGUGUCAUUAGCAAUUCAUUGUGUCUGCUGGUCGCUGUGCUCGGGGGGUCAGUGUGCUCAGCUGCUAGGGAGAGACCAGAGUGCACACCCAGGAGCUCCCUGGUAACCAAAAGUUCUCCAAAAGACACCACUAACAUUCGCAAAGACCUAGUCAACCCCAUCCCCCUCCCUGUCUCCAUCCACCCCCUCCUCCCUUCCCCCAUCUUUACACAAAAACACUGCUAGUGGCACUAUAUUUGGCCCAAUAUCCUCUGCCGUGUCUGUUUUGUGUGGCCAUGCCUAUACAUGUGCAAAUGUGGCUCUAUGGGCGGGGGCCUAUUAUCACAGGGCUCUGUUUCUUGUAGCCUGAUUGUGAAGUAAUAGCAUCUGACAAAUGUCAAGGCCUCCAGGGAGGGCAGUCAUUAUGCCAUAACUUGCCCUGCCCAGCUCCUCUCCCCUGUCUGUAGCACAGAGCUGGCCCUGUUGGCCCUGGCUCAACCCCAGCCCAUGGAGAUGCAAGAUUAAAACAACUCAGCCAGAUAUUCUCUGAGACACUGCUUGGUUAAGUGGCUCAAACACUGACAUUGAGAACAUUUGGUGUUUCUUGGUGAAAAUGUGUUCUUAUUUUUGCUUUGUCUUUGCUCUGAACUGAAUGAGUUUUGAAAGAUUUCUCAGAGAAUUGAUUAAUCAAAUACUUUGGAAAGUUUUAAAGACUUGAAUAGGUAUGUCCAUUCUAAUUGUAUUUUUAUGGUUUCUCUUGUCAGGUACAAUUGGCUACACCCAGAGGAAGCGUACAGACACUGAUAUACAGUUGAAGUCGGAAGUUUACAUAUACCAUAGCCAAAUACAUUUAACUCAGUUUUUCACAAUUCCUGACAUUUAAGCUGAGUAAAAAAUCCCUGUUUUAGGUCAGUUGGGAU